AAGAAUUACAAAGAAAAAUUUUAUUUUUAUAAAACUUUAGCCUUAAUAGUUUGAUAAAAAUACACUAUAAUAUCUAUCAAUAUAAAGAGGAUUUACUUAUCAUUUUUGUUUUGCUUGUAUUAUUCUGUUUACUGUAAAUUAUACUUGAUGAGCUCUUGAUUAUAAUCGAGAUACUUGAUAUAUAAUUAUAAAAGAAAAUCAAUUAAAAAAGAGAAAGUAAAUUACAUUAGAUAAUAGUGAAUUUGUAACUUCAUAUGAGAUUUUUUGUACAGUACGUUAAACCCCUAAAUUUCAGAUAAAUUUGUACGCGAAAGUAACAUUGAUGAUAAAUCUGUACAUGGAGAUAAUCUUUUGUAUAUUUCGUACAUACAAAACAAAUGUUUAUUUUUAAAUAUCCGUAUAAAAAGAUUUUUAAAUCAGAUUUUUGAGUAGCUCUAUCUAUAUCUAAAAUUAUAUUGGUUUUGGAAACUUACUGUUAUAAAAUAACACAUUAUGGAUAUAAGUAAAGUGAUUAAAAAUUCCCUUAUUGUUGCAUUAUUUUUUACUGUUCUUAGUGCAGCCGCAUUUAAGCCCGGCUGUAGAAUGUUAAGUAGUUACCUUGGAAAAAAUAAUUUCCUUUGUGUAUUUGAGAUUAUUUUUUUAGUCGUUGGAAGCAUUGCCUGGGCAACUUUUUCAUUUGGUAUCUUUAUGCUUGGAUUUCAACAGUUUAAACAAAGAGAAAUAAUUAAUAACAUUCCUUCUGAAUUGACAAACUUACAAGAUCAAAAUAGAAAUUUACAAAGACACAUAAAUCAAUCUACAAUUGAUCAAAGAAGGCAACUGAGAGAACUGAAAGAGCAAAAAGAUAGGCAACUACAACAACAAAAAAAUAGGAUUACUGAAUUAGAGGCCGAAUUGUCUAUGGAAAGAGAAGAAGUAAAAAAAUUUCAAGAUAAAAGUGUUGAAUAUCAAAAACAAAGAGAAAACAAAAUAAAAGAAUUGGAAACAAAAAUUGCUCAAUUAACAAAUAGUAGUGAAGAACAAUCAGAUCAGAUAACAAUAUCCUUGGAGAAUAUAAGUAAUAUUGACGAUAGAGGGGGAGGGAACUAGUCAGAAUC